CCCGAAGCCUCAGAGCUCAAUGGCCCACCCGCUAGGCUCCGCCCCUCUCCCACCCGCCCGCCCGCCCGCACUCUCCCACACCCCAUAAAGCGGGACGAAGGGUUUUGUCUUCCACUUCCGCCUUCGUGUACUUGCGGCCUACGGAAAGCCGCCGGUGGCAGUGUUCUUGCUGGGCUCGAGGGUUUGUUUUCCCCCUUACAGUCUUUCCUCCCUUCAGACCCACCACCAUCCGCCGACUUGAGUGACCUAUUUACUGGCCUUCCAGCGGGAGCUUUGUGAGGUCGGAACCUUGCGCAGCCGGAACUAAGGUGUCGUACGGUGCUAGCAGCCGGAAGGCCACAUAAAUAGAGCAAUACCAGUUCAUUUCUGGCGGUCGAUCGUUAGAGUUCCGGUGAGGGGAUCGGCGACUAAAGUCUUCAGCUUCAUUUCCUGAUAUGCACCGACCGAAUUUUCGACCCCCAACUCCUCCGUACCCCGGGCCGGGGAUAGGAGGCUGGGGUGGCGGAAGCAGCUUCCGGGGUGCCCUGGGAGGGGGGCCGCGGCCGCCCUCCCCGCGGGACGGGUACGGGAGUCCGCACCACACUCCGCCGUGCGGGCCCCGGGCUAGGCCGUACGGGAGCAGCCACUCUCCGCGGCACGGCGGCAGCUUCUCGGGGGCCCGCUUCGGGUCUCCGUCCCCGGGCGGCUACCCAGGCUCCUACUCCAGGUCCCCCGCGGGGUCCCAGCAUCAGUUCGGCUACUCCCCAGGGCAGCAGCAGACCUACCCCCAGGGUUCUCCAAGGACAUCUACACCAUUUGGAUCAGGGCGUGGUAGAGAAAAAAGAAUGUCUAAUGAGUUGGAAAGUUAUUUUAAGCCUUCAAUGCUUGAAGACCCUUGGGCUGGCCUAGAACCAGUAUCUGUAGUGGAUAUAAGCCAACAGUACAGCAAUACGCAAACAUUCACAGGCAAAAAAGGAAGAUACUUUUCUUAACUUUUCUGAAAUUCAACUGGAAGCUUCAUGUGUCAGGAACAUCUUGGACAGAACUUGUACUUGUAUAAAUGAGUUGAACCUAAAGAUGAUGACUUUGGAAGGUGAUCAUGAUUAGCAGACCCUUGGGAUAUCUCUAACUUUGUCAAAUGUUGUUGAUGUUAGAGAAGACGAUAGAAUCAUAUGCAGUAUUUAGGUAAUAUGGGAGUGUGUACCACAUUCAGAAGACCAGUUUCCAUAUUUAGUAUUUCUAAAGUAACAGACAUUUGUUUUUUUCAGUGGUUUAAAAAUAAAACAUUUUUGUCUUCCUAUUUAAAUUGUGAUUUUGUAGAAUUGCUAAAAAAAUGCUUCAUAAUCACUUAAAAUUUGAGGGUAAAUGUUUUGUAAACUAUUUUUUAGUAAAAUAGAUAAGCUACUUUAGACAGUUCUCUAUAUUUAUUAAUAGAAAUUAUUCUACAUUCAUAUUUUAUCUAGUAUUUUUGUUAAAAUAUUGAAACUUAAUAUCACUCAACAUAAUUUUUACACCUUUAACCAGAAAAGGCAAGGAUAAAUCAUGUAUGUGCAGGUCAGCGUCCUACCCAAAUUUCUCUAUAUUUUGAGCAUUGUAGAUUUACUUCCUCUUGAAGUAAAAGAAGAUGGUGAGUUGAUUUCUUGUUGUGAUAAAAUGCCAGACAAAAACAUUGAAGGGAUUUUGGUUCAUAGUUUCUAAGGUUUCAGUGAAAGGUUAGCUAAUCUAUUAAUUUGGUCUUGAGUUGAGCAAGAAUAUGGCUGAGUAUUUCUGACGCUGCUCACCCUUGACAAUCAAGCAGCAGAAAGUGGGAAGGGGCUAGGGACAAGAGAAGCCUUUCUGGGGCAUUUUUACCUUCUACAUCCCAAUAAUACCAUCAUGUGAACCAUUAAGGUAUUAAUCCACUGAUAGGUAAAUACCCUGAUGAUGUAAUCACAUCUCAGUGAUUAGACAAGUGGGGAGACCCUUCAUAUCCAUACUAUAACAAAUGACUAGCAAUAAUCUCAAGCCACUUCCAAGGCAGAUAUACGAAGCUAGUUAACUAUGACCUAGACAGUAAGGCUUAAUUAUCUUGACUCAUGGACACAUUUCUAAUCUGAAGGAGAGUUCUGUGAACUUUAGCUCAUUUUGCCUUCCUGUAGUAGAAGGGAAGGAGGAUAAAGUAUUGAAGAAUAUUCCCCAGUUAUUUAAAAAUCAAGUCUUGAACAGUGCAUUCUGUUGAAAAAUUUAUCAGCAUUCUCCAAAAGAAAAAUGAAAUGGCCAUUCCACCUAGUUGAACCAUACAUAUUUAUAUUUGUUGAUAAGGUCUUAAAAUGGCAAGAAAAAUAAAACACAGGAAGAUUUUAUAUAAAUAAAACCUCCAUUGUAACCAGAACUUUGAAAUUUUUCUGAGUUUUUGGCUAGAUACUUCAGUUUUAUCAUGUAAAAUGAGGACAUUCAUUGUACUUAUGUUCACUUAUCCCUGUAUUCUGAGUCUUUAGAACAGUACCUUCAAACUAAUAGGUACUACUACGUAAAUGCUUAAUACAUAUUUUGAUUAUAACUAUUUUAUUGCUCUGCCUGGUCCCGUGUAUAUAAGGGGUAACACAAUAAUAUAUGGUUAUUUGAAAGAAAACAUCCAUUUUCAACAUCAUGGGUUUUUUCAUGUGUCAUAUUCAUGAAAAUGAAAGCAUUUUGUAAAAUGCUUAUUGAACUUCAUAAAUAAAAAAUAACAGUUGAAAACAAUUACUAAACAAUCUCUUAGAAAGUAUGUUGUUGGCAAAGAUGAAAAAUAGAGCCAGACACAAUUUUACAUGGUCAUAAUCCCAGCUGCUCCAGAGGAUAGGCUGACUUGAUUGUAAGUUUGAGGCCAGCCUGAGCAAUUAGCAAGACCUAACAAAAAUAAUGAAGCUAUGAAAGAUUUUUGUUUUGUUUGUUUUUAGAGACAGGGUUUCUCUGUAUUGCUUUGGAGGCUGUCGGACCCGGCCUCGAUCCGCCUUCCUCUGCCUCCCGAGUGCUGGGAUUAAAGGCGUGCACCACCACCACCGCCCUGCUAAAAGAUUUUGUGUAUUGUGUUUGUACCAUAUUUGGAAGGCAUUCAAAUACAGCUUAAAGAGUUCACAUUUUGUGUUUCUGCUGGACUUUAAAUGAAAUAUUUUUUUAAAAAAUUUAAGCUCUGUUACCGACAUCUACUUCCAGAGGUCUAUCGAACGUUUCUGGCUUUUUAAGGAGAAAACUUUGUCCUCAGCCAAAGUGCAUACACUAUUAGUUAUGUGUUCAGAAUUGGGUUUUUGAUGGGGUUUUGGUUUGUUUUUGCAUUGCAAUAGAGUCUGGCUAUGUAACUCUGGCUUGCAUGAACAGUUACACUUGCAUAUGGAAAUGUUCAGAAUUCAGAUGUUUUGUCAAGUAAAGGAGAUGGCAGUGGUUGUUUAA